AUGGAGCUGCCUUCCAAAGACAAAUCCCAACUUGAGACCGUCGUGCUACAUCCAAAUGGCGGCUCUGCGCUCAUUGUAGGGAACAAAAGAUUUGUUGUUUCACGAGACAUCUUAAAAGUUACAUCCGACUACUUCAAGACUCUCUUUGAUCCUUCCAAGUUCAAGGAGGGCAGAGACCGAAACAUUGAUAUCCUUCUACACGAAGACGACCCUGAAGCAAUGGAAAUCAUGUUGUCCAUUCUGCAUUACCGCCACCAAGAGAGCUACAACCAGCUUAGCCCCGAGAUGCUGCUUAAAGUGGCUCAACAUUGCGACAAAUACCUGUGCACGGAGCGAAUGCAACCCAGGGCUUUCCGAUGGAUGCAACACAUUUCCGAAGACGAAUCAAUUCAGUAUUAUGAAAAUCUAUCCAAGGUUGCACAUCUUUUUAAGUCGGUGGACUGUCUGAUCGCAAUCUCUACUGUUGCGAUUCGUAGCUUGCCUCCACAUUUCGGGGCUGCCAACACUGAGGAUGAAAUCGAUGGACUGCUGUUCCCUUUCCAUGAAGGAUCAUCAUACCGCAUAGAGAUCGAUAUGGAAAUCAAAAACAGGCGUGCUGAAAUCGGCCAGCUUUUAGAGUCGACAACCACAAUCCUACGAAAUACAUCGAGCCAGCAACUUGUCGCCCCGGAUGUGUACAAAUAUAACUCGGGUUAG